UUGACAAUCGAAGCGCGUCAUUUACUUGAUCCAUGUAAGAUGCAUGUCUCUCCCCCCCCACACACACUCGAUUGCUCCCCAGCACGGAAGUAACUGAGCUACGCCCCCAUCGACUCAAAAGAAAGAGAAGCUGCCUGCCGUCAGAAGCCCCGACAAAACAAAAACAAGACAGUGCAGGUAGGUGGUGAGUCGCAUCUUGACGCGUAUGGAUGCGUUGCCACUCACACACCUCCACGCACACAUGGCAUGCAGGUCCACAGAAUAGCACCCCCCCGUCUCUCUGUUUCCGCAUCUGUCUGUCGUCGUUCCGAGAAGUCUCUUGCCUACUCGGUCCCCACUGUAGCGGGGGAAAAAUACAGCAAAUGGGAAGGGGGUGUAAGCAGCAUAGCAUCUGUCUGUCUGUCUAUCUGUCUGUCUGUCUGUGUGUCUGUCUGUAUGUCUGUAUGUCUGUAUGUCUGUCUGUCUGUCUGUCUGUCUGUCUGUGUGUCUGUCUGUCUGUCUGUCUGUCUUGGCCUUUAUCCCUCGCCCUCUUGCAUCUUCCCUCGUCUUCCCUAUGAAUCUAUGGAUGUAUGCAAACCCCUCGAUCGCUUUCCCGUUCUUACAGUUAAACACAAGUCAGUCAGCACAAAUACACAUCGGACGAUAUCCCCUGACUUGUGCUUCAAUCACACUCACGGAGCCAUCAGUCCCCUGUUCCUCGUCGCAGCUUCUUCCAGCGCUUCGACCUUCUUGAUGAGCUCCUGCGUCACGCUGAGGUGCGUGUAGAGGAGCUGCGUCAUGUCCACAGCCGGCCGCUCAUCCGGCUCGUCCUCGCUGACCAUGUUGGGCGCCACCUGCCCGUUCGCGCACACAGACACACACAGACGUAUGUCGCGCACACAUUAGCUCCAUCGACAUGUGCUGAACGACACACACAUCCUUCGACGCACCUGCUUCACAUCCGGGGCCGACAGACCCAAGACCUGCCCGGCGCUCUUGAUCUCCAGACGCUUGAGGGUGUCAAUGGCUGCCGACCGCUGGCCGGCGUCCUGCACUGACAUGUCCGCAGAUUCGCUCGUGUCGAUGUGGUACGUCCGCGCGACCAUGGAUCUGCUGUGGGUGUGGGGGCAAGUGCAGGUUGUGGUCGCGUGGACAAUAUCAGCGUACACGCCGUUUUUUACGAGACAAUUGUCAGCCGCCAUCAGGUCAUCUGCACACAUCACACAACAUUCAGUGGACAGACGCAAACAGCGACGGACGACGGCAACGCCCGCCGCGCAGCAUGGCUAUUGAUGAUACGAUCAGGGCCCACUCACCCCUGGCACAGAUGUCGCCGCUAUGGAUCGUAUGCCCCGAAUGGCAUUCUUCGCCGAUGGAAUCGGCCUUCAACGCCUACAAGGUGGGACAGUACGCGACCAAGGAAACAAAACGCACCGCCGCUGAAUGAGCGAGAACACACGUGCGGCGACACAGCGAUCUCACCUGGAUGGACCCCUCGACUUGGAGGUCGUCUUCAAUAAUUUCAGCUGAGUGAAUGCCCGAGAAGGUGAUAGCAAGGACGGCGACGAACACUCCCAGAGAAAGCGUCAUGGUGGAGUGGAAGGCGACGGCGACAAGAAAGCUGUUGGCGCAGCUAGUGAGAAUGGGGGGCAAGUGGAGGGGAGAGGAGGAGAGGAUGGACGGAUGGACGGAUGGAUCUGCGCUUUGUCCGCCGCCGGUAAGCG